UUCCACAGUGUUUACUGGAUCCCCAACAUCUGUCAGUCCUUCCCAAGAAGCAUCAACAAUGACUACUGCUGUUCCAAUCACCACUAAAUCAACCAUUAAGCCAAUGGAAUGCUUCAAUGGAGGUACUUGGAAUGGAACCCUCUGUCUCUGUCCCACUGGUUAUAGUGGAAAGCAAUGCCAGGACAAGGCAAUUUUUUGCCAGAAUGGGGGCACCUGGGAUGGGAUCAAGUGCAUCUGUACCAGCAUCUUCUAUGGCCCCACAUGUGAAAUGGUUGUAGAAAACAUUCCAAUAGCGCCUCCUCCAGAAAAAGUCAAUGCUACCGUGGAAGUGAAAGUGUCUGUGACCAGUAUGGAAUUUACACAGGACUUAGAAAACUCAUCCUCGGAGGCCUAUAUGAAUUUCACUCAACAAUUCGAAGACCAGAUGGCUGAGUUUUACAAAAACAUCCCUCAGUAUGUUGGUGUGAAGAUCAAGCGUCUUUUAAAUGGCAGUAUAGUGGUGGAUCAUGAAGUGAUCCUGUCAACAGAUUUCACCCCAGAUUUCCAGUUAGAACUGAAGAAUAUCACACAGAUAGUACAGGACACAAUUAUAAAAGCAACCAAGGAGCAAACAGGUGAAAAUUGCACAGGCAUGUGUUUCAAUCCUGUAAAGACAACUGUGGAAGAGCCUGUAGUGCAUUAUGAUCCUCUGAAGGAAUGCCGAAAUAAUGUUGCAGAUGAUUUUAAGGAUUUCUUCUACAUUGACUACAAGGAUAAACAACCACACUGUAUUAACCGCUGUACGAUGGGCUUCGAAUCAUCACUGAACUGCAACCAGGGAACGUGUCAAUUUGGGCUGAAGAAGCCUCAUCUAGGACCUCGAUGCCUCUGUUUCGUCACAGACACACACUGGUACCAGGGAGAAACCUGUAACUUCAGCAUCAGUAAAAAUCUGGUGUACGGGUUAGUAGGAACAUUAGGGGGAGUGUUGUCGAUCGCCAUUGUUGUUCUCUCUGUCUUCUUGCACCGGUCCUGGAGGAAGACCCAAAGGCAAAAGACCAAGCUGGAUCAAGUAUAUAAAUGGCAUGAAGAGGAUGGAGGACCAGCCCCUGGGAGCUUCCAGAAUAUAGGCUUUGACAUCUGUGAAGAACAAGAAAAUUCCCUUAACAUGGAUUCCAUUUAUAGUAAUUUCCAGCCCUCUUUGGGUCACAUUGACCCUGAAAAGAAGAUCCAGAUCCAAAGGCCACAGGUGGUGAUGACUUCAGUAUGAGGCAACAACUUGUCAGAAAAGGAAACAAAACUCACAGCAGAAAAAACCCUGUAGUUCAACCCUGCAUACAAUUGGCAUCAAUUACUACAAUAUUAAAGAAAGCAGAAUUGAGUGAAGGAACAAAGACUUGGGUUUUGUUGAUGUGAGAUUAUGCCUGUAAAUUGCUUUGUAAACCAUUUAAAUGUUAUACAAACUUGAUAUAUUAUUAUUAUUUUUGUUACUGUUA